AUGGAUAGUAAUUGUUAUUAGUAAAUUGAGAUUUUCAUUUCUGGGAGACAAUUAAAAGACUUGGAUUAUUUCAGCAAAUCAGAUCCUUUUGUAAUAGUUUAUAUUAAAACAAAUAACUAAUGGAUUAAGAUUGGGAAUACAGAAACAAUUCCAAAUAAUUUAAAUCCUAAUUUUAAGAGAUCAUUUCAACUUGAUUAUGUCUUCGAAACAGUUUAACCUAUUAAAUUUGAAGUAAGAGAUGAUGAUGGAAGCAAUUCAGAAUUAAUUGGUUAAAUAGAAACAACAAUUGGUACUUUAUUUGGAGCAAAGAAUCAAACUUCUAUUUUAGAACUUGGUUAAAGAAGAGGUAAACUUAUAAUAAGGUGUGAUAAGAUAUAAGAGGGAAAUGAAGUAAUGAUUAUGAAAUGGAGUGGAGUUAAGUUAAUGAAUACAGAUGGAUGGUUUGAUAAAUCAGAUCCAUUUCUUAGAUUUUAUAGAUAAAGAGAUGAUUCUACAUAUAUUUAAACAUAUGAGACUGAAGUCAUUAAAGAUAAUUUAAAUCCAUUAUGGAAAACAUUUGAAAUAUAAAGUGUUAAAUUAGCUCAUUCAAAUGAUAAAAAAAUUAAAAUUGAAUGUUGGGAUUGGGAAAAAAGUGGAAAACAUCAAUUUAUUGGAGAAUUAAUAACAACAAUUCCAGAAUUAUAAUAAACUAGAGAAUAUUAAUUAACAAAUCCUAAACAUAAGAAUCCAGGAAAAUUAAGAUUAGAUUAAUUUAGCACAUAUAUUAAACCUAAUUUUUAAGAUUAUGUAUAAAUAUUAUAUAUUACCUAAAGAUAAGAGGAGGAUUAUAAUUAAAUUUAAUGACUGCAAUCGAUUUUACUGGUUCUAAUGGUGCACCUCAUUAACCAGGUAGUUUGCACUUUCGAUCUCCACAUAGUUUAAAUUAAUAUUAACUUGCCAUUAAUGCAGUAGGAGAAAUACUUCUAGCAUAUGAUUUUGAUAAAAUGGUCCCAUGUUUUGGUUUUGGUGCCAAUUUAAACUUUCCUACAAUGAGAUCAGGUCAAGUCUCUCAUUGUUUUCCAUUAUCUGGAGAUCCUAAUUAAUUAAAUGCCUUUGAAUUAUAAGGAAUUGCUAAUCUUUACAAUUAUGCACUUGCAAAUGUUACAUUUUCAGGACCCACAUACUUUGGACCUAUCAUAUAAGAAGCUCUCAGAUAAAUAUAUGUACAAUAAUAAACUGAAUAAAAUGUAAAUUAUUAUUUAAUAUAUGUAGAUCUAUACAAUAUUAUUGAUUUUGACAGAUGGUAUCAUUCAUGAUAUGGAAUAAACUAAAUAAUUAAUUGUUAACAGUGCUAGAUUACCUUUAUCUAUUAUUAUAAUUGGAGUUGGUAAUGAAAACUUUGCUAUGAUGGAAGAAUUAGAUGGAGAUCAAGGUAUAUUUAAUUAAAUAUUUAUUAGGUCUUUAUUCUGGUAACAGAAAAGCUGAAAGAGAUUUAGUUUAAUUUGUUCCUUUUCGUAAUUUUGGUGGAAAUCAAGUUAAUUUAGCAAGACAUGUAUUAGCUGAAAUUCCAGAAUAAAUAGUCAAAUAUCAUUAAUUGAUAGGCAAGAAACCAAACCCUCCUUAAUUUGUAGAUAUCAAUUAAUUGGGCAUGACUAUGGCAAAUUAACAAAUGAAAUAAUAAGAGUCAUAACAACAAUAUAUACCACCACCUAAUAUUUUACCUUAAGUUUAAUAACCUAACAUACCACCUCCAAUUUAAUAAUAAAUGCAACCAUAACCUCCAUAUUAAUAAUAAAUUCCAGCUUAUUCUUCAUAAUAAUCUUAAUUAAAUCAACAAUAUCCACCUCCUUAAUAAUAGGGAUAUCCCUAUUAAUAAACUAUAAAUUAAUCCUAUUAAUAAGGUAGAGCUUCUGAGCAAAUCAAUCCAUCUAAUUUUAUGUAGUAAUAAUAUGGAUAACCACCUUAAAAUAAUAGAUCAAGUUGCAACCUAUAAUAAUCCCCUUAUUAAUAAUAGCCAUAAAAUUAAAUGCCAAAUGCUUAAAUACCAAAUUUUUAAUAUCCUCCUAUGAGUCAAUCUUAAGCAUAUGGUUAAAUUAAAAAUCCUAUGGAAUGA